AGCGGCGGGGGAUGGAGGCCAUGGAGGCGCUCUGGGUGCUGCUGGACGAGGUGGCCCUGGAGGGGCUGGACGGCAUCACCGCGGCCGCGCUCUGGCAGCGCCUGGCCGCCCGCUCGCCGCCCUUCCCGCUGCCGCUGGAGCCCGACACGCAGCAGCUGCUCUGGGCCGCGCUCAGCGCCCAGCCCGAUGUGCGCUUCUACCUCCUGCCCCGGCCGCGGCCGCCGCUCCGCCUGCACGACCGAUAUGAAGAAAUAGACCUUGAAACAGGAAUACUGGAAACCAAAAGAGAUCCUAUUUCUUCAGAUGAUAUUUAUCCUAUCCACAUGAUUUUGGAUAACAAGGACGGCAUACAAGGUUCCUGCCAGUAUUUUAAAGAGAGAGUAGAUAUCACCAAUAAAAUAAGGACAAAGGAUUUGCAGCCUUGUUAUACUUACAAAGAAGCUGUUGAAAAAUGGGGAGAGAAAAUGGUCAUUGUUGCUUCCCAAGAGCAGCGUUACAGAGCUUUAAUAGGCUGGGAGGGGGACCCUGACUUGAAACUGCCUGACUUUUCCUACUGCAUUCUGGAGCGUUUGGGCCGAGCUCGGUGGCAGGGAGAGCUUCAGAGGGACCUUCACACUGGGGCUUUCAAAGUGGAUGCUGGGAAACUUCAUUAUCACAGGAGAGUAUUGGACAGAAAUGGUCUGAUAACGAUGCAGUCCCACGUCAUCCGACUGCCAAGCGGAGCCCAGCAGCACUCAAUUCUGCUCCUUCUGACUCGCUUCCAUGUUGAUAGGAGGAGCAAAUAUGAUAUUCUGAUGGAGAAGCUCUCAAGUAUGCUAAGUACUCGUUCAAACCAGAUGGAAACAUUAGGAAACUUGAGGGAAGAAUUGGGUCUUUGUGAGAAAACCUUCAAACGUCUCUAUCAGUACAUGAUGAAUGCUGGUCUGGCCAAAGUUGUGUCUGUCCCAUUGCAACACAUAAACCCCAAUGGAGGACCCUACAAGACAAAGAAAGGGACUGAUGUCAUGGUCCGUUGCCUUAAACUGCUGAAGGAAUUUCRGAAGAAAAUGGAAGAUUAUCAUGAUGAUGAUGAAGAGAUCAUCACAAAAGUUGUUCAGCCUGUGGAUAUUGUUUGUGAAAGGGAUAUGCUCACCCAGGCUUAUCAGCUAAUUGAAAGUAGAGGAACCAAAGGUAUUUCUCAGGCAGAAAUUCGCAUGGCAAUGAAUGUGGGGAAGCUGGAAGCAAGGAUGUUGUGUCGUCUUCUGGACAGGUACAAAGUUGUCAAGGGUUUUAUGGAGGAUGAAGGUCGGCAAAGGACAACAAAGUACAUUUCAUACAUUUUUGCAGAGGAAAGUGAUUUAAACCGUCAGUUUGAGAGGGAGAAGGCCAGGAGUGAGCAGCUGGCCACCGUUACUUUGGCUCUGGUGCCAGAAGAUUCCCCAGCUGUGGAAGAUGUGUCUCCUGGAGAUGAUGAGCCUGUGGCCUCAGAGUCUGACAAUGAGGAAGAAGGGAAGGGCAGGAAGAAGAGAGGAAAAGGUCACAAGGCCAACUCUGGUUCUUCGUUGAAAUCAAGUGGCCGAGAUGAUGCCCAGCAGGCAACACCAGCCAAAGUCUCAAAGCCAACAGCUGUGAAGUCUCAGAGGAAGAAGCAGCCUUCCCCUCWGAUUCUUGAAGAUCCUGAGGAGCUCCCAGACAACAUUUCAGGGGAGAGUUCUACUUCGGGAGCCCAAAAGCAGGAGUCCAGUGUUUCCAACUGUGCUCAUCCCACUGAUGAAGAUGGAGGUGUGGCUGUGGUGGAGGAAGUGAGACUUGAAGAUCCUAAGAAGCCGUGUGGCCACCGGAAGGAGAAGCGUUCCAAGGCGGCGGCGGUGGAGAGGCCCCACGAGACCUACAGGCUGCUGAAACGCCGCAACCUCAUCGUGGAGGCCGUGCGCAACCUGCGCCUCAUCGAGAGCCUCUUCACACUUCAGAAGAUGGUCAUGGAUCAAGAGAAGCAAGAAGGUGUCUCCACCAAGUGCUGCAAGAAGUCCAUMGUGCGGCUGGUGCAGAGGCUGGCACGGGAGGGGCUCCUCAGGCUCUACCGCACCACGGUCAUCCAGGAUGGCAUCAGCAAGAAGGUGGAGUUUGUUGUGCACCCCUCGGUGAGCCCAAGCGAUCCCCUGGUGAAAAGCGCCAUUGAGCAGGUGCGGUUCCGCAUCUCCAACUCCAGCACUGCAAACAGGAUUAAAGUUCCCCAGACACCAACAUCCCAGGACCAUGGUGAUGAAGAAAACCAGGGACAAGAGGCAGUUUCUGAUCAUGGAAAAACACAAGAAAGUUCAUGUAAAGCUGAUAAUAGUCAGGCAGGAAAAACUGAUGAAAAGAUGGGCGUAACACAGCUAAAGAACUAUCACCCUGUUACAGUUCCAGGACUUGGACGUUCCCUUGGCUUUCUUCCCAAAAUGCCCCGUUUAAGAAUGGUCCACAUGUUCCUCUGGUACUUAAUUUAUGGCCACCCUUUAAAUGAAGCACGGCGAAAAGGAGGUAGUGAUGRUGAGAAGAAACAAGGGCUGGAUGAGAAUGCAGCUAUAAUUGAAGCACAACCAGAUGGGACCUUAGAAAUUGUGACAAGUGUGGUGAAUCCUGAGACCUCUGCACAGGAGACUGAAAUAGAUCUGUCUAAUCAAACAGUGUAYGUGGAUGACACGUCCUGGAUGCGCUACAUCCCUCCUCUGCCAGUCCACAGGGAGUUGGGGUUUGGAUGGGCUCUUGUCAGUGACAUCCUUCUCUGCUUGCCUCUCUCAGUCUUUGUUCAGAUCAUACAAGUCAGCUACAAGGUGGAAGGUCUGGAGGAAUUUUUAAAUGAUCCACUGAAAAAGCACACUCUGAUCAGAUUCCUUCCAAGGCCAAUCCGACAGCAGCUCCUCUACAAAAGGAGGUACAUCUUCUCAGUGGUAGAAAACCUUCAAAGAUUAUGUUACAUGGGACUGCUGCAGUUUGGCCCGACAGAGAAGUUCCAAGACAAAGACCAGGUGUUUGUGUACAUGAAGAGAAAUGCUGUGAUUGUGGACACCACCAUCUGUGACCUGCACUACAACCUGGCCCAGAGCAGCCGCCCCUUCGAGCGGCGCUGGUACGUGCUCAACACCCUGCAGGACGUGGAGAACUUCUGGUUUGACCUGCAGUGUGUCUGCCUCAACACACCCCUGGGAGUUGUUCGCUGUCCUCGGACCAAGAAGAGCAACCUUCCAGGGGAGGAGACUGCUCUGGAUGUGGAAAAGGAGCAGGAGUCAGCAGUGAACAAACACAACCUGGAACGCAAGUGUGCCAUGCUGGAAUACACCACAGGCAGCAGAGAGGUGGUUGAUGAUGGAUCCAUCCCUGGAGAUGGGUUGGGAGCWGCAGGUCUGGAUUCCAGCUUUUAUGGGCAUCUGAAACGCAAUUGGAUCUGGACAAGCUACAUCAUCAAUAAGACCAGGAAGGAAAAUACAGGUUCUGAAAAUGGAUUGACAGUGAGACUCCAAACCUUCCUAACCAAACACCCCCUGCCUCUCAGUACUGCAGGUAACAAAAUUAAUAUUUUGGGAGAAGCAAAGAUAGGAUCAGAGUCACUUAACCAGAAAGAAGAAUGCAUUGAAAUAAGUAAAGAACCAACCCAGGAUCGAACGAAAAGAGUGAGGGGUGGAAAAAGCCAGAAGAGGAAGAGGCUUAAGAAAGAUGUUGGAAAGAAAACAAAGAAGAAAAAGAAAGAAGAGGAUUCUGUAGAGAAAAGCAAACGGCCGCGCUACCACGACAAGGCUGACCAGAGUGCCCUGCUGAGGAUGACCCGGCUGCGUGUGACCUGGACRGUGCAGGAGGACAGCCUGCUCAUGCUGUGCAGGAUUGCCAGCCACGUGCUCAAUGCCAAGGUGAAAGGGGCCUUUGUGCCCUGGCAGGUGGUGAGGGACCUCAUGCACUCCAGCUUCGAGGAGUCACUGGAUAAAACCUCCCAUUCCGUGGGACGGAGAGCCCGAUACAUUGUCAGGAACCCACARACCUAUCUCAAUUACAAAGUUUGCCUUGCUGAAGUUUACCAAGAUAAAGCCCUCAUUGACGAUUUCAUGAAUAGAGAAAAUAAUUAUGAAGAUCCUCAGGUUUGUGCGAAGGAGUUUAAAGAGUUUGUGGAGAGAUUGAAAGAGAAAUUCAGUUCAACCCUGGGAAAUCCCAAACUGGAAAUUCCUGACACUUUGGAGGAGCUSUUCUCCAGAUUUCGAGUGCUGGCAAUUGGAGAGGACCCAAAUCAARGCACAAAAGAGGAUAAUCUGAGCAGUGUUUAUGACAUUCAUUUUCUGGUGCUGCAGAAUCUGAUUCAGAGCACACUGGCACUCUCAGAUAACCAGAUGGAAUCUUGCCAGUCAUUUCAGACGUUCCGGCUGUACCAGGAGUACCGCGAUGACAUCCUGGUGAAGGCGUUCCUGGAGUGCCAGAAGAGGAGCCUGGUGAACCGGCGCAGGGUCAACCACACGCUGGGGCCCAAGAAGAGCCGUGCCCUGCCCUUCGUGCCCAUGUCCUACCAUCUGUCCCAGAGCUACUACAGAGUUUUUACGUGGCGGUUCCCCAGCACCAUUUGUACAGAGUCCUUCCAGUUCCUGGAGAAGCUCAAGGAUGCUGAAAGAUCAGACCAGCCACACAACUUCUCAUUUAAAGAUGAAGAAAAUGCGUCAUCUGAAGGCAUGGUAGCAUUUCCCAUGGAUGGCCCUGGUGGCCAGUGUGUGGCCAUGCUUUCCCUAUUCUCCCUGGGGCUGGUGGCUGUGAAUGUGAGAAUCCCAGAGCAGAUCAUCGUGGUGGACAGCUCCAUGGUGGAAAACGAAGUGAUAAAAAGCUUGGGAAAAGAAGGACUUGAGGAUGACGAUGAUGACGACGAUGACUUGGAGGAGAGCUCUGGAGGCAAACGCAGAAUCGAAGUGAAACCUCGUCAAGCCUCUCACACCAAUUAUUUACUGAUGAGAGGCUACUACUCCCCUGGCAUCGUCAGCACACGCAACCUGAGCCCCAGCGACAACAUCGUGGUCAACUCCUGCCAGGUGAAGGUCAGGCUCAGGUGYACCCCCAUCCCAGGAAGGCUCAGCUCUCCAGUUCCUUCCCUGCUGGAUCACAUGCCUGUGGGAAUUUCCUGCCUGCCUGAAACUUUCACCAGGCUGAUAAAAGUCCAGGAGGAACUCUGUGAGGUGGAUAAGUUUCUCCGUGAGUGCACAGAGCGUUAUGGGUACAACCCCAGAGAUGUGGAGGCUGUUCUGGAGAUCUGGAAGGCCAUAGAGGCCACUUCCCACUUUGGGAUUUGCAAAGCUGAGCUGAGCAAACAUUUCUGUAGCUAUGAAGAGGUGGAAGCUGAGCGCAGCAGGAGCUUGGAGCAGUACAUCCAGGAUCUCAUUGAAAUGCAGCAGGUGUUAGAAGURGGAGGCCACACUGUCAGGCUGGUGGCAAUGGCGUUUGCCAGGCCCUGGCUGUUACGCUCCGUGUGCCUGAAGAGCAAAGCAGAGGAUGCGGAGCAGCCAGGGGCAGAUUCUGCUCUCCCAGAGGUGCCACAGGAGCCAGGGAAGGGACAGGAAUGUCUGGGAGAGGAGGAGCAGCCAGGGGCAGACUCUGCUCUCCCAGAUGUGCCACAGGAGCCAGGGAAGGGACAGGAAUGUCUGGGAGAGGAGGAGCAGCUGGGAGAAGACACCCAGCCUGCCAGUGACGAAGAGCCCCCAAGGAAGAGAUGUAGGACUGAUGUCCUUCAGGAUGGCACUCAGCUCUGCAAGGGCACACAGCCYRCUCUGGAAAGUGCUCAUGGAAGAACUUUGGAUGCAGCUGUUCCUGAGCCUGCCACAAGGARSGAAACUGUAACUGGGGGUGAAGCUCCAGGAGGARGCUCCCUGGGAGGGCAGGAAGAACYCCCARCUGAACUCCCAGAGUCUGCUCCAGAGGCUGUGCAUGUGGACACUUCCAAGGAACAAGAUAAAUCUUGUUCUGAGGACAAAGAACUCGAAGUAGAGAACGAUGAGCUCAGCACUGAGCACAAGAAGCAGAUCCCUAUCCCUGAACAAUCAGCCAGUGGGCAGGAUGAUGACYUUUCCUACUUCCAGGAGAAUCCAGGAGUCUCUAAAGGAAGCUCUGUGACAGAUGUCUCCCAGGCAGCCAGGGAGCGGGCCUGUGAGAGCGUUUGCUUCAUUGGGAGGCCGUGGAGGAUCGUGGAUGGCAACCUGAACAAGCCAGUGUGCAAAGGCAUGAUGGAGGCUGUGCUUUACCACGUCAUGACCAAGCCGGGCGUGACGCAGGCGGGGCUGCUGCAGCACUACAGCGGUGUCCUGCAGCCCGUGGCUGUGCUGGAGAUCCUGCAGGGUCUGGAAACCCUUGGUUGCAUCAGACGAUUCUACUUGAAAAAGCCAUCCCCGGUGUCACUCUUUUCUCAGCCAGUUGUGGAAGAACAACUAAAAAAUCCCAAACUGAGUGAAACACCAACCAUCUACUACGAGCCCACGAUAGAUUGUACUCUCAGGCUGGGGAGAGUGUUCCCCUGUGACAUGAACUGGAAUAAAUGGGUGCAGAUUAUCCCUGUAUAGGAGGUAAAGCUGAGUCAAACUGGCUUAGCCUGUGGGAGGGACUGUUCAUGCAGAUUAAAUGUUACAAUUUCUACUCUGUCAUGUUUUUAUUAAGUUAUUUAUCCUUUUUACUUCUGAAUGUAUUUAAAUUGAGAAUAAAGCUUGAUGYUAAGACACA